AUUAUUUUAUAAUUUAUAAUAUAAUUAUAAAUUGCCAUGGUUGACGUAACUAAAGAAAAUUUCGCCGCGCUGCUGCCCCACAUCGAGGCUGACCUCAGGUCUGCGCUCUUCGUGGCCAUCGACACAGAGUUCACCAGCCUGCUCACCAACACGCGAUACUCCAACGAAUGGUUCGACUCUGGCUCAGACCGCUACCGGAAAUUAAGGAACAACUUAACGAACGUCGCCAUCUGCCAGCUGGGUCUCGCCAUCUGUAAGCCGUCAGCAAGAAGCAAUGAAUAUGAGUGCCGCGUGUACAACAUCUUCCUACAGCCCCCACACUUCCUGGACCACGACGUCCUUAUGCUCUGCCAGGCCUCCUCCUUAUCCUUCCUCGCCGCCCACGAGUUCGACUUCAACAAGGUGCGUCUGUUGUCUUGGUAUCAACAAGAAAAUUUCGCCGCGCUGCUGCCCCACAUCGAGGCUGACCUCAGGUCUGCGCUCUUCGUGGCCAUCGACACAGAGUUCACCAGCCUGCUCACCAACACGCGAUACUCCAACGAGUUAGUGCUGCGUGUUAGUGCUGCGUGUAAAGACUCCGAGCCGCAUGACCGUGGGGUUGGACACGAGGGGGCGCCGCUCCCCGAGCACCAGGACCGGACUCUGGCCCCGUCCCUGCUGGCUGCGCUGCACAACACCACGCCUGACCUGCACGCUCAGCUGCGACACCAACGGAUCAUCGUGAGGAAAGUGACAGCAGAAGAGAGAACCCAGCUGGCUGACCGCAUCAGCCAUGACUGGCAGGAGCUGACGGACGAUACCCUGCAGUGGCUGACAGGCUGCAGCCAUAUCAUGUGGCUGAUGGCUAGCCUGCGCCUGCCUGUUGUGGUGCAUAACGGCAUCAUCGACAUCAUGCUCAUCUACCAACAGUUCUUCGGGCCCCUGCCUGCCACGCUGCCGGCGUUCAAGAAGGCUUUUCACUCAGAACUUCCCUGCGUUUUUGACACAAAACUAAUGGCCUACCAACUUAAGCGCAUCUAUAAGGAGGAAGUACCUGUUUCAGAGUGUCUGUCGAACACGACGCUGGCGCCGCUGACGGCAGCGCUGCAGGAGCAGCUGCCGGUGCUGUUCAAGCCCAACCUCAGCAUCACGCAGCCCUACAACAAGUACAGCGGCGGAGAGCGACCACACGAAGCAGGCUACGACGCUUACCUGACGGCGGCCUGCUGCCUGCACCUGGCGCACCUGCACUUCACCUACGACCUGCCUCAGCGUAGUCUGUGCCGGGCGAUGGACGCGCGAGAACUUCUCUGCCAACUUAAGAACUUUGCAAACAAAAUUAACAUCUCAAGAGCGGCAGUGUUCUAUGUGAACCUGACGGGAAAAGACCGCACUGCUCCCCGCCCGCCAUGGCUCAUCGUUGAGAACACAAAUCGCUUCUUCAGUUUCCGUGGCUCGGAAAAUAACGUUGACGUUAACGACAACAUCGCAGCUCGGGAAAUUAAAACUCACUCGUCCUCUAGCAUGCCGGUAUAUUUUGACCCGCAGGUUUUACACGCCAGAGAACCACAAACCGGUGUCAGUAAUGAGCAACCCCACCCAUCUACUCGCAGCAUCUGGACCAUUGAUAACAACGGGUUCGUGAUCAAGCAGCCUGACACAUCUUAUCUAAGUCAACACUGCAAUACAAAUGAGAAGCGAAGUAAUAAUUUAACUGCUGACUCCAACUCAAACGUACAAAAGGAACCGAAACUCCCGUUCGUCUCUGCCAAUUCUAAAGACUUUUCAGGCGGGCUCGUCUGCCACGCACAGAACGUAAAACCGCUGGAGAAAUUCAGUCCUGAGACAGUUUCGCUUCUGCUGUCCCGGUUUGGUUCGGUGGACGUUCGGUCGUGGCGCAGGAACAAGCUGCUGGUGGCUGUAGCUUCGUACGACACACACGACCAAAUCCUGACGUCCUUCAGAGCACCCGGGCUGAGGGUGUAUCCCUACAGCGCCCUCAAGCACUCAGCCCUCGUCAGGGGCGUCUUGUGGACUGGACUGUUGGCGUCGGGGGGAUUGGGCGCCUUCCUGUUGUACAGCGCCGUUACUGAGAGCGGCACACGACGAUAAUAUUGUAUAUAAUAUAAUGAUAUAUUAUUUCCUUGAUAACAUGUACAGUAAGAAUAUCCAAUUCUGUGAUACCUGCAAGGAAAAACAUCCCACUCUUUUUUCUUAACUGUAGUCGGCAAUCUUAUAUUGUGAUACGAAGUUCUAGUUCGUCAGAAGCCGGAAUAAUUUAAUAGACUAAUAGUUCUGAGAUAUAGUUUGCCAGAAGCCAGAUUAAUCUUGAUUUAUGUUGGCCAGAACUUUA